CGCGCCUCCGCCUCCGCCGCGGCUCGUGGUCGUCCCGCCAUGGCACUGUCGCGGGGACUGCCCCGGGAGCUGGCCGAGGCCGUGGCCGGGGGCCGGGUGCUGGUGGUGGGAGCGGGCGGCAUCGGCUGCGAGCUUCUCAAGAACCUCGUGCUCACUGGCUUCUCCCACAUCGACCUGAUUGAUCUGGAUACUAUCGACGUCAGCAACCUCAACAGGCAAUUUUUGUUUCAAAAGAAACAUGUUGGAAGAUCAAAGGCCCAGGUUGCUAAAGAAAGUGUACUGCAGUUUUACCCGAAAGCUAAUAUCAUAGCCUACCAUGACAGCAUCAUGAACCCUGACUAUAAUGUGGAAUUUUUUCGACAGUUUAUAUUGGUUAUGAAUGCUUUGGAUAACAGAGCUGCUCGCAACCAUGUUAAUAGGAUGUGCCUGGCAGCUGAUGUUCCUCUUAUUGAGAGUGGAACUGCUGGUUAUCUUGGGCAAGUAACUACCAUCAAAAAGGGUGUAACUGAGUGUUAUGAGUGUCAUCCCAAACCUACCCAGAGAACUUUUCCUGGCUGUACAAUUCGUAACACACCUUCAGAACCUAUUCAUUGCAUCGUUUGGGCAAAGUAUUUGUUCAACCAGUUGUUUGGGGAAGAAGAUGCUGAUCAAGAAGUGUCCCCUGACAGAGCUGACCCUGAAGCUUCCUGGGAACCAAUGGAAGCUGAAGCCAGAGCCAGAGCAUCUAAUGAAGAUGGUGACAUUAAACGUAUUUCCACUAAGGAAUGGGCUAAAUCAACAGGAUAUGAUCCAGUUAAACUUUUUACCAAGCUUUUUAAAGAUGAUAUCCGGUAUCUGUUGACAAUGGACAAACUGUGGCGGAAAAGGAAACCUCCAGUUCCGUUGGACUGGGCUGAAGUACAGAGUCAAGGAGAAGAAACCAAUGCAUCAGAUCAACAAAAUGAACCCCAGUUAGGUCUGAAAGACCAGCAGGUUCUAGAUGUAAAGAGCUAUGCACGUCUGUUUUCAAAGAGCAUUGAGACUUUGAGAGUUAAUUUAGCAGAAAAGGGGGAUGGAGCUGAGCUCAUAUGGGACAAGGAUGAUCCAUCUGCAAUGGAUUUUGUCACCUCUGCUGCAAACCUCAGGAUGCAUAUUUUCAGUAUGAAUAUGAAGAGCAGAUUUGAUAUAAAAUCAAUGGCAGGGAACAUUAUUCCUGCUAUCGCUACUACUAAUGCAAUUUUUUUGAACAAACAACCAAACCCAAGAAAGAAGCUUCUUGUGCCUUGUGCACUGGAUCCUCCUAACCCUAACUGUUAUGUAUGUGCCAGCAAGCCAGAGGUGACUGUUCGGCUGAAUGUACACAAAGUGACUGUUCUCACAUUACAGGAUAAGAUUGUGAAAGAAAAAUUUGCUAUGGUAGCACCAGAUGUCCAAAUUGAAGAUGGGAAAGGAACAAUCCUAAUAUCUUCAGAAGAGGGAGAGACAGAAGCUAACAAUCAUAAAAAGCUGUCAGAAUUUGGAAUUAGAAAUGGGAGCCGGCUUCAAGCAGACGAUUUCCUUCAGGACUAUACUUUAUUGAUCAACAUCCUUCAUAGUGAGGACCUAGGGAAGGAUGUUGAAUUUGAAGUUGUUGGUGAUGCCCCAGAAAAAGUGGGGCCCAAACAGGCUGAAGAUGCUGCCAAAAGCAUAACCAAUGGCAGUGACGAUGGAGCUCAGCCUUCCACGUCCACUGCACAAGAGCAAGAUGAUGUGCUCAUAGUUGAUUCAGAUGAAGAAGGUCCUUCAAAUAAUGCUGACAUCAGUGAAGAAGAGAGAAGUCGCAAGAGGAAAUUAGAUGAGAAAGAGAAUAUCAGUGCAAAGAGGUCACGCACAGAACAGACAGAAGAGCUCGACGAUGUCAUAGCAUUAGAUUGAACAGAAAUGCCUCUAAACAGAACCCUCUUAACUGCAGUAGGUCAUCUGGGCAGAACCAGGUUAUUUGUUAUGUCCUUUGUUCCAAAGGGAAAAAAUUGACACCGUUGACCUGAAGAUGAUUCUGCUCCCUUUGAAAGCAUUCAUUUUGCUAGAACAAUUAGAAACAUUGCAGUAUGCUGUAUUGAAAGUAGGAUUAUAGUUUUAAAGCCCUUUGAACAAAGUGUGUGCAUAACCAGUCAUGAGAUAAAACACCACAAUGCAUGUUGCCUUUUUAAUGUAAAUACCCUUAGGUAUCAUUUAACAGUUUUAAAAUAUUGUGGUUUAGUAAAGUUGAUACCUGGUUAUAAAUAUUAUGCCUUUAUUUUUGGUUAGAAGAAGAAUUAUUUUUAGCCUAGAUCUAACCAUUUUCAUACUCUUAACUGACUGAAACAGAUUCAAAGAAGUAUCACGUGCUAUGCAUUGAAACUUGUUUUUAAAUGUUAACUGGCACUAUGUAUAUUAAUGUAAAACAAUGUUAAUUUACUCAAGUUUUCAGCUUGUACUGCCUGGUAUGUCUGUGUAAGAAGCCAAUUUUUGUGUAUUGUUACAGUUUCAGGUUAUUUAUAUUUGGUGUUUUGUAGAACUCAAAUACGACUACACUGUACUUAUGGACCAAAUAAAUGGCAUCUGCAUACUUGUUAUAUGAGCCUGCAGAGUUCACGUUUCUGCUGCCUUAUUGGGUUUAUAUACUACUGCAGGCAUGCAAAAUUUUUCCUUCUAAAAAACUAACUCAUAAUGGAUGUGAAGGUUAAAAAUCACCUCCACGGUUUGCCAUAGAUGAGUACUUUCUAAAAUAAAACUUUUAAUGGCAAUGUUGCUUUUUAAGUUUGGAUUGUAAACAACUGGGCUUUUGUUGAGAAUUCAUUUAAGUGGUCUUUGCCUAGCCCCAGUAACAUAGAACCUUGGCUUUGAGAUUCCAGAGCAGGGGAGAGUCUUCUCCAUUCUGCAGUCUUCCCUGGGCUGCCCCUCCAACCCCCAAUUCAUCAAAGUCCCUUCUUGAGUGUACCAUUUAGAGCCCAACUCCAGCAUACAGAUGUGGCCAGACCAGCACUAGAUGGAUCAGCACCUAUGUCUCUGCCCAGGACCUUAGAGUACCCUGGCCCUUAGGGUUCUUCUCUCUUCACACAGAUGUGCCUUGAAUUUUCAGAUAAUAGGAACCCCCGAAGCUGUUUUCCCCCAUUCUGUACCUUGGCCGUUGGUGGUUUUGACCACAGUCAAUUCAGAUUUCAAGUUGAUAGCUCAUUGUUUUGUUCCCCUUUGUGUAAUUCUUAUUCUGCCAUCUAGCUUAUUAAUUCUUACUCCUUGUUUUAUAUCAUUUGUAAAUUCAGAAUGUAAUCAAAGCCUUCAGAAAAUCAUGUUGAACAAGACUCAGCCCUCAGGAGCAUGCUGCUUGAUGCCCACAAGAUGGACUGACUUCCAGCCUUCAGUACAGCAGUGAGCAAGCUGAAUCCCCACCUACAACUAUAGGAGUCUGUGAGGUUCACUUUACCUUUAGAUUUUUAGAAGAUGUUCCAUUUUCCUCCAGGAAAAAGAAAAUCUCAAAAUGACAAAACUGUGUAACAGACAAUAAUGAAAUAUUCUGGAAUACCACCUCUCAGAAAUGUUUCAGUUAACUGGUUGGUCACUGGUGAUCAUGGUCAGUUUGGAAAUUCCAUUCCUAAAACCUCACAGUGCCCCUUUAGACUCAACUGUCCGUGUGUUUUCGGCAUUUUGUAUAUGUAUGUUCUUUUCCAUUUUAAUGUACAUGGCAAUGAGUACCAGUUUGAUCUGUAGAGAUACGCUUGUGUUUUGGGAGACCAGUGCAUUUUGUCUCUACAACUCUGUUACUACCUUUUCCAGCAGGGUCUGUCCCUUUUCUACCUGUUUCAAUAAAAUCAGGGUCAGCAAGGCAGGUCCAACACAGAGGUAUUGCCCAAGUAGACUAAGCAGAUCCAAGCUGCCUCCACAUACCUGGAGCAUGGAGACACUCUAGAUUUGGCCUUGUGUUCAUGGUUUUCCCAUGUGAGUUUGUCUUCUCAGUUGGGGAGCCAGACGCAGAGCUCGUCAAGGGUCUUUCCCCAGCAGCUCUAUCCUGAAAUAGUCUGACAAACCAUCUUCCAGCCUUAAUGGGAACGGUCUGGUGACUCAAGUUUACCUAUGUAGCCUGUUGUCUCAAAGAUGAAUCUGCAUACUUGGCAUGUAUGAGAGGAUUCAGUGUUUUAAUAUAGAAUAGCCUGACCCCUUCAUGAAAUAACCAAUCAGGCGGACAUCAAUGGAUGCCAAAACCUUUUGCAAAAGGCUGUUGAACAGAAUCUUUACACAGUGCUCAAAUGUUGCUAUAAAGAUAAUUUGCAAAACGAAAAAAUCAACCUUUGAUAACGGACUGAUCUGUCACCGCUAUAAACCUGUCUUCAAACCUAGCAUCAAUAAUGGGACAACUUGAUGUGUGCUUCGUAAUGAGAUGAUAUGAAGACUACAACAGAACGUAGGCAAAAAAAAUCCUUGUUAACCUGAACUUAAUCCAUCAUCUAGACCUGACUUCCAGCUGACAGGAAAUAGAGGGGGUAGAGGAACAAACCAAACAACAUUAGGAGACAACUACAGAAUGUGGGACAUUCUGGAACUCAAGUGCAAAAUAAAUGACUUUAACAAUUCUUGUGACAAUUGGAAAUGGAAUAAAGUGAUAAUGGAAUUAUUUUCUUAGGCAUAAUAAUGUACUUAUGGAGGCUACUGUCCUUAUUCUUGGAAUAUUAGGAAUGAAAUGAAGCUUCAUAACAACUUUUAAAUGGCUCAGCAAAAUGUAUAAUAAAGAUAAAAUUAACAUUUAUUGAAUCUAGGUGGAGCCUGUAUACAUUGUUCAUUGUACUAUCCAACUUUUCUCUGAAAACUUUCGUAAUAAAGGUGGAUAUAUAUAUAUAUAUAUAUAUAUAUAUAUAUAUAUAUAUAGUCUGUAUUUUCCUUUUGAGCCUAUGUGACUUUCAAGUUUUGUAAUGAAUAUAUUCUAUGAUUUAAAUCAAAAAGGCAAUAAAGUUAUUAAAAAUCUAA